AUGACCCCGCGAGCAGGAACGAUGCGGCUGGCCUGCAUGUUCUCGUCCAUCCUGCUGUUCGGAGCCGCAGGCCUCCUCCUCUUCAUCAGCCUGCAGGACCCCACGGAGCUCGCCCUCCAGCAGGUGCCAGGAAUAAAGUUCAACAUCAGGCCACAGGAGCCCCACAGCGACCUCCCAUCAGGCAGUUCCCAGGAUGGUGACUUUAAGGCACCCACAGAGAGGGUCACCCGAGACUUGCCCAGCCGGGCCCCGAGGGGCCUGAACCUACAGGUGUCCCAGCAGCCUCAAGCCCACCUAAACGUGGGGGCCCGUCUGCGACCCCGGCAGCGCCGCCGGCGACUGCUUAUCAAGAAAAUGCCAGCUGCGGCGGCCAUCCCGGCCAACAGCUCGGCUGGUACGUUCGUCCGGCCAGCACCCCGGGCCCUGGACGGCCGCUGGGUCAGCCUGCACCAGAGCCAGCAGGAGCGCAAGCGGGUGAUGCGGGAGGCGUGCGCCAAGUACAGGGCGAGCAGCAGCCGCAGGGCGGUCACGCCCCGCCACGUGUCCCGCAUCUUCGUGGAGGACCGCCACCGCGUGCUGUACUGCGAGGUGCCCAAGGCAGGCUGCUCCAACUGGAAGCGGGUGCUCAUGGUGCUGGCCGGGCUGGCCUCGUCCACCACCGACAUCCAGCACAACACCGUCCACUACGGCAGCGCCCUCAAGCGGCUGGACACCUUCGACCGUCAGGGCAUCCUUCACCGCCUCAGCACCUACACCAAGAUGCUCUUCGUCCGCGAGCCCUUCGAGAGGCUGGUCUCUGCCUUCCGCGACAAGUUUGAGCAGCCCAAUAGCUACUAUCACCCCGUCUUCGGCAAGGCCAUCCUGGCCCGGUACCGGGCCAACGCCUCUCGGGAGGCCCUGCGGACGGGCUCCGGCGUGCGGUUCCCCGAGUUCAUCCAGUAUCUACUGGACGUGCACCGGCCCGUGGGUAUGGACAUCCACUGGGACCACGUCAGCCGGCUGUGCAGCCCCUGCCUCGUCGACUAUGACUUUGUGGGCAAGUUUGAGAGCAUGGAGGACGAUGCCAACUUCUUCCUGAGCCUCAUCCGCGCGCCGCGGAACCUGACCUUCCCGCGGUUCAAGGACCGGCACUCGCAGGAGGCGCGGACCACCGCGCAGAUCGCCCACCAGUACUUCGCGCAGCUCUCCACCCUGCAGCGGCAGCGCACCUACGACUUCUACUACAUGGACUACCUGAUGUUCAACUACUCCAAGCCCUUCGCAGACCUGUACUGA